AGUAAUCAGUUGCACGUCUUUACACAUUCACACUGUUUAGUGACCCUGCAACAGUCAAUUAUGGAGGGGGAUCUAGUGGGUGUGCCAUCAAGGCCAGGGAGUCACACCUCCCAGCUACGUUCAAGGCCAGCCAGUAAAACCUCAAGACCUGUAAGUCACGCGUCUCGAGCAGAAUCAAGGCCGGGUAGUCAUGUCUUUCACCAACCAUCUCGACCGACCACCGGAACUUCUCAAAAAGCUUGGGGCGAGUUUGAUGAAGACCCCGAUUUGCUUAUUGAUGUGGAUGAACAGUGCGACUAUGAUGGCGAUGAUUGUUGUGUGGUUGAGGCUGUGGAGGAUGAGGACGAAAUGUUCCACAAAGAUUCUGCCUACUUGUUUGGUCCUGACCGUGAAGCUCCAACCAAGAGUUGCUGGGGUUUUUUCAUGCGCUGUUGCGGCGGGAUGUGGUCGACCAGAGAGAUGAACACCUCCACAGAUCGAGAACUAUAUGUCAGGACCACCAUCCGGGAAUUGGUUGUCUAUUGUGUCUUCAUUGGCAUCCUUUCAAUCAUGACAUUUGGAACAACUUCUUCACAACAAUAUUAUUACACUAACAUUAUGGAAACCUUGUUCAAGGAGGCUAAAUCGGUUCAAAAUACGCAGGACUUCUGGAAGUUCGUUCAAAACGACUUUUUGGACAAGCUUUAUUGGGAAUACACUUACACCAAUGGAGAGAGCACGAAUUUUAUUUGUCCAGGGGGCGACGAAGCCGUUGGACCCUGUCCUAUUACAAACAGUGACACCAACAUCCUUUUCGAAAAUCGAUUACUUGGGGUGCCAAGGAUAAGGCAACUGAGGGUCAAAAAUGGAUCUUGUGAGUUGCACGCAGAGGUUCAAAGGAUUACGAAAACUUGCUACGACAGUUACGCCGUGAAGCACGAGAACAAAUCCACCUUCGGGAUUAAUGACACGAUAUUGGAACCUCAGUUCUCCUCAAUGACAGCGUGGGAAUUCACGGAGGGCGACGAUGAAAAAUUAGAAGGGGUCAGCUUUAGUGCCAAACUAGCUACCUAUUCUGGAGCUGGCCAUUUCCAAGACCUCCGGUCCACUCGUAACGAAACUGAGGCCAUCCUGGAGGAGCUCAAGCAAGGUCUUUGGGUCACCCGGGCUACGAGAUUUGUGGCAAUUGACUUCACCGUUUACAACGCCAAUUUGAACUACUUUUGCAUCAUCAAGCUAGCCUUCGAAUUUCCGGCGACAGGUGGCGUGAUACCACUGAUGUCGUUCCAGACCGUGAAACUUUUGCGAUAUGUGACACAAUUUGACUACUUUGUUAUGGCUUGUGAGAUCUGCUACAUUGUCUUUAUCUUGUACUACUGCGUUGAGGAAAUCAUUGAGAUCAACCAUAGUAGGAUCAAGUACUUCAACAACAUUUGGAACAUCUUGGACAUUGUGGUGAUUGUGAUUUCAAGUCUGACAAUGGCGGUGAUCGGAUUCUCUAUUUACGUGGUUGAGAGCAAUUUAGGCGAACUUCUUUCUGACCCAGACAAAUUUGCCAACUUUACACAACUCGGAUUUCUAGCCUUGAUCAUGGACAGUGCCAUGGCGGUCAACAUCUUCUUUGCCUGGAUCAAGUUCCUGAAAUACAUCUCUUUCAACAAGACCAUGACACAAUUGACCAAAACCCUUUCCCGAUGUGCUAAGGAUGUGGCAGGAUUCGGAUUGAUGUUUGGCAUAUUCUUUAUUGCCUUUGCUCAAGUGGGAUAUCUCAUUUUUGGCUCCAGUAUGCAAGACUACAGUUCAAUGACGGACGCCGUGUUCUCGUUGCUCCGAAUCAUUUUGGGCGACUUUGACUUCAAUGAGAUGGAACAGACUGAGCGAUACCUGGGACCCCUUUACUUCAUUGCUUACGUCAUGAUUGUGUUCUUCAUUCUGAUUAACAUGUUCUUGGCCAUCAUCAACGACACCUACACGGAAGUGAAAGCUGAGAUUGCAGCCCGGAAAACUGUGUAUGAAAUCGGGGAUUACUUUGCACGGGGCUAUAACAACAUCAUUGGGCAGUUGGGCGGACCUCGGAAUCGAGCUAUUGAUCUGGAGAACGCUCUCAAGUUGGCCAAUGACGAUGGUAACCUCACCUACGAAGAAGUCCGACAAAACCUCAAAAAAGCCAACUUCAGUGAAAUGGAGAUUGAGUUGUUCAUGGCCAAGUAUGACAAAGACGGAGAAGGACUGAAUGCAGCAGAGAUAGAAGACCUAGUAGAAGACCUCGACAAUGGUGAAUAUGAUGAACCAGAUCUGCUUGAAGAAGGCGAGACUGAGCCCACAGCUGAGGAGGAGAUCGAUGGAGAAGAAGCUCCUUUGCCCCUGACCAAACCAACCGACGAGGACAUCGAAGAGUUAGAGGAGAGGAUUGACCGCAUGGAAAGCGCCUUCGCUGUCAUUGUGAACAAGAUCGACUUUGUCCUGGAUAAGAUGGAACGUGUGCAGAGUGGGAUUGCUCGCAAACGAGCAGCCAUGGAUAUGCUCUUUGCUCCUGGCUCGUUGCAAUAACUGAGAGCUUGCUGAUUACGGACAAAUGAAAUAAACUAAGGUCAAGAUUG